AUGCUGAAAUCAGCCAGUUUUGGCGAUGUGGUCUACUUCAACCUUGGCUCUCACCAUCGGCCAGUGACCACUAGCUCAAAAGGAGCUCAGCUUUGGUUCGACCGCGGUCUUAUAUGGUCAUAUUCGUUCAACCAUGGCGAGGCUGAGCGAUGCUUUGAGAGAGCUGCUACAAAUGACCCGAGUUGUGCGAUGGCGUUAUGGGGUAUUGCAUAUGCGGCCGGGCCAAAUUACAACAAGGCGUGGAGGUUCUUCGAUCAAGAGGAUCUUCGGGCUUCGAUUGAAAGAGCGAAUGAUGCUUUAGCCCGAGCUGCUGAGUUGGCGACCCAGUCGAGCCCUGUUGAGCAAGCGUUAAUUGAGGCAAUUACUGCGCGCUUCCCACCCACCGACAGCAUUCCUGACGACCUGAGCUCUUUGGAUCAUGCUUAUGCGAAUGCAAUGCGCCCUGUAUAUUGUCGCUUUGGCCGUGACCCAGAUGUAGCGGCUUUAUUUGCCGAGGCGCUUAUGUGCAUCACACCUCGGGCUCUCUGGGAUUUGGAUACCGGGAAACCAACUGGCGAUCACACAAUCGAGGCUCGAGAAGCAAUCGAGUUGGCGCUAAAGCGACCCGAAGGUUAUGAUCAUCCGGCUCUGUGUCACCUCUAUAUCCAUAUGUUAGAGAUGUCUCCUUUCCCGGAGUUGGCACUCCCGGCCGCCGAUCGGUUACGUCGCCUGGUUCCAGACGGUUCUCAUAUGCUGCACAUGCCGACGCACAUUGAUGCCGCAGUUGGCGACUAUCGCCGCUCAGUCGACUCCAACCACGAAGCAAUUAUUGCGGACGACAAAUACUUUGCUCGGGAGGGUGCUUCCAUCCAGUAUGUGGCGUAUAGAGUGCACUAUAUCUGCGCAAAACUGUACGCUGCUAUGAUGUCCGGCCGCUUUACAGAUGCCAUGUCUGCUGCAGAGAAGCUCGAGGAGGUAAUUGAUGCCAAAUUGCUAUCUGUCAAGACCCCACCAAUUGCAGACUACAUAGAGAGUUUUCUAGGCAGUAAAGCGCAUGUGCUCGUGCGCUUUGGCCGUUGGGAGGAGAUCCUUCGUCUUCCGCUACCUACUGACCGGACCAUGUACUGCGUGACUAUAGCGAGCAUUCUCUAUGCGCGGGGACUUGCCUUUAGCGCGCUUGGUCGAAUCACAGAGGCUGAGGCUACCCAGAAAGAAUUCGAAGCAGCGCGGGCAUCCGUGCCGACUUCUCGUCUUAACAGCAUACCGUGCAACGAGGUUGAUGUGCUUCGAGUUGCAUCCUCAAUGCUCACUGGCGAACUGGAAUAUCGCAAAGGGAAUUACGAAACCGCCUUUUCUACUCUCCGGCAAGCUAUAGAGCUUGAGGAUGGACUUCCAUAUUCUGAUCCGCCACCUUGGAUGCAACCCGUUCGCCAUGCCCUGGGCGGCUUGCUGCUCGAACAAAACCGUGUCGAUGAAGCAGAAGCGGUAUUUCGAGAAGACCUUGGUAUGGCGAAGGACUUUCCGCGUCGUCGGGCAAAACUUAACAACGUGUGGGGACUGCACGGACUUCGCGAAUGUUUGACGCGUUGCGGCAAGAUCGAAGAGGCUCUAUUCAUCCAAUCCUCACGUGAUAUUGCUCUAGCCUCCGCUGAUGUCUCCGUUACUGCUUCGUGCUAUUGCCGCAGAUCCACACUGGGAGAGACCAGAUGCUGUACAUGA